GAGUUCACCACGGAAUCUCAUUCAACUCCAAAUACUCCCGCGACUUCAGCUCGUACAAGGGACCCUCUACAAACGAAAAUAUCUAACGGCAAUACUAGCUUCCCUACAUAUAUUAAACUAUCAUCUCCACAUGCUAUCAAGCUAGAAGAUCCAGUAGAGGACUUGUCAACGAGUGUAAAGCAACAGAAAAUGAGUGAAAGUAAUAUAACACCCCUUGAAGACAACUCGCCUCGGCUUAAUGAUUACAAGCGAUAUAAAGGAAGGGGCAGAUACGCGCGAGUUUCGACCUGCGAAGACCCCGAUACCAACAGACCUGUUAGUCGUGAAGAUGAAAAUCACGAACCAAAUUAUGAUCGAUACGAAACCGUGCGGAAUAAAGAGCAAAGGAAACAGCUACUGGGAGAUGACUGCGAGUGUUGUCGUGAUUAUUAUGCAGGUGUAGGUCCUCUCCCACCAAGACUGCAGCAACCCAUGUGGAGAUCACCCUCUCCAAACUCGAUUCCUACCACAAAGCCUUUAUGCAAGCACAGACAGACCGAUACAUAUGCUACAAAUGUCGGAGCUAGUGGAUCCAUGGAGCAAGUACAAGAAGAGGAAAUCACGCGACAUAAACAAGCGAUUUCGAGGCAUCGUCAUCAUUGGUAUAGACCCAAGACUCCACCAGGUUAUUGGGACAUUGGAUUUCCAGAUACCCAAGAGGCUUCGGAUAUCAAUCGCCGGGCAAGAGACAUGAUUAGACAGAAGAUGCAUGGUAUUUCAAGGGACGCCGGGUAGGGACCUUAGGCUUUCUCUACACGAUAUUCUGGCUAUUUGAUAUACACAUUUCGUGAGGUUACA